AAGCCAGCCUUGGCUAGAGCAAGCAGCAGGAUCGGGCAGCCUGGUGCAGAGCCUGUGAAGUAUUCCAAGUCAUUACAAGUCCCCUUUCUCAGAAAAUUGGACUGAGAUGGGAAAAAAAAAAAAAUCAAACAAGUGGCUAUGUAGCUGUAUUAACCUGUGUUUGUACUAUAUGAUGUAGAUCACUGAUAAGCAGAUCGCAAAGAGACACGACCGCUUGCGACACAGCCAUCUGAAAAGAACUGGGCUUAUUCCAUGAAACCUAACUGAAGUGCAACUGAUAGUGUUUAAGCUGGGGACUCUUAUUUUGAUAUGCUUGCACAGCUAGGUGGACAAGGGAGUACAUCAGAUGUCAUUAUCUGGCAGCAGAUAAAAGUCCUUGGUCUUAUAACACUAAGCAGAGUGCUACUAUGAUUACAGUCCGUGUCAGGGAAUGACUAUUCCGUCCGCAAAAUAUUGGUUACAGCCCAGGUGACAACUUCUGUAGGAAUAAUCCACAUCAAGACAGCCCCUUUCCAUCGAGGUAGGGAUUCCAUUCUACCCAGGAACCUAGCCAAGAAAGUUUUUGUGGUCCAUCAUCUAAUUUUUACCAGCCACCAACCCAAAGCCCAUUGUCACCUACAAAAAGCCAGGACUGUCACGAAACCUCCCCUAUGAGUGUCAGUAAUCUCCCAUCCAUGUCCUCUGUAUGCCAACCAAGCAUGUUUAACUACGAGCGUCCAAAACAUUUUAUCCAGUCUCAGAAUACGUGUCAAGGGAAACUGCAGCCUCCGGGACCCAAGACACCUGCAUUUUCAAGCAGUCAAACCAAACAGUCAUCAAUUCUAAUCCAGCCUCGUAACUCUAGUGAGCAGAAGUUUUCUUCGUCUUCAUCGCUGAGCUCCCCAAUCUUUCUCUCCUCGUCUUCCCAUAGCUCCCAUAAGGAAUCUGCAUUUCCCAUCACACCUGCAUCUGCACAGUCUCCUGCUACCUCCUCCUCUGGGCAAAGGCUUUCAUCCAUGCAUAACCAGUCCCCUGCAGCAUUCCUUUGCUCAGUGUUGCCCUCACAGUCUGAUUAUAACAGCCAAGCUCUUUCUACUGUGGAAUCUAAUAAUUACUCAAAGCCAAUGUAUACCAAACAAGCCAGCACCAAGCUAACAUACAAGACAUCAGAUCAAGAGAUACAAGGAACAAAAGAAGCCCUCAUUCAAGACUUGGAAAGGAAACUGCGAGGCAAAGACAACCUUCUUCAUAACGGCAACCAGCGGCUAACCUAUGAAGAGAGAAUGGCUCGGAGGCUGCUUGGACCAGAAAAUGCUGCUUCUGUGCUUGUAACUCAAAAUGAAGAACAUGUGCAGAACUCACAGCAGAAUUCAGAAAACACAAGACUACAGGUUCCUACGCCACAAAUCAGGAGCAGACAGUCCUCAAGAGGAGAGGGGAAGGAGCAUGGCUUAAUCCAGGAGAAGUUUUUUCAACCACGUUUUGUCCAAGUGCCUGAAGACAAAAUGACUGUUGAAGAGGGACGAUUUUGCAGGAUUGACUUCAAAGUCAGUGGGCUACCAGCUCCAGAUCUGGUAUGGUAUUUAAAUGGAAGGUUGGUCCACCCAGAUGACUUUCAUAAAAUGAUAGUGUCUGAAAAGGGCUUUUACUCACUCAUUUUUGAAGUGGUCAGAGGCUCUGAUGCAGGGACAUAUGAAUGUGUGGCCUCCAAUCGUGCUGGAGAAGCCUCCUUUACAGUACAACUGGAUGUAAUUGCAAAGGAACAUCAGAAAGCUCCAUGUUUUAUCUUCAAACCACAAAGCAAAAGAGUUUAUGAAGGGGAUUCAGCCAGACUGGAAUGUCAGAUUUCUGCCAUCCCUACACCACGGAUUUACUGGAAAAGAAACAAUGAAAUGCUACAGUAUAAUACAGACCGAAUAAGUUUGUUCUAUGAUAAUCCUGGAAAGAUUUGCCUCCUAAUCCAUAACGUUAAUAAGAAAGAUGCCGGUUGGUACACAGUAUCUGCAGUCAACGAGGCAGGAGUGGCCACAUGCCACUGCAGACUGGAUGUUGCAACUCACACAUACAAGCCAAUGCCAACCCCCAAGCAGUUGAAGGUUCGACCGACUUUUAGCAAAUACCUGGCUUUCAAUACUAAAGGACUGGAUGUGAAACCAGCUUUCUCACCAGAAGGAGAGUUUGAACGGCUGGCUGCUCAAUCUGGACUGUAUGAAAGUGAUGAACUUUAAUGUGAAAAGAGGAGGAAAAUGCACUUAUGUAACAGACCCAUAUCCUAACUCCAUAUAUAUGCAGUUAAGUGGCAGUUGCUCUAACUAGCAAACAUACCUACAUAUUUUAUUUAUAAUUUGACUCGUGCACAUAUUUCCUGCUGUUCUGAUUUUACCAAGGUAGUACUCCAUUUGUAUGGAUUGGUGAAUAUAGCAGAUAACACUCAACUGUUGUAUUUUAACUGUAAAGCCUAAGAAGCCAGGGCAGUUGGUGAUGAUGGAAGUGUAGGUUUAACUACAUCUAUGCUCAAUUACAAGGAAAAGCAUGUUUAUUUGUACUGUUUUUUAAUAUCACCACUCUCAGUAAAACAAACUUUGUGCUGCCUGAAUACUAAAACCAAAUAGAUUUGAAUGUUUUUAUGUGGAUUUAUGUCAAAUGCAAAUAAAGCACUAAAUAUAAAAUACA